AUGGCGGACGAGGACGGGGAAGGGAUUCACCCCGCAGCCGCUCACAGGAACGGAGGUGGCGGCGGCGGCGGCGGCGGCGGGGGUUCAGGGCUCCACUGCGCCGGGAACGGCGGAGGCAGCGGCCCGCGGGUCGUGCGCAUCGUCAAGUCCGAGUCCGGCUACGGCUUCAACGUGCGGGGCCAAGUGAGCGAGGGCGGGCAGCUGCGGAGCAUCAACGGGGAGCUGUACGCGCCGCUGCAGCAUGUGAGCGCCGUGCUGCCCGGGGGGGCGGCCGAUCGCGCCGGGGUGCGCAAGGGGGACCGCAUUCUGGAGGUGAACGGCGUGAAUGUUGAGGGGGCAACACACAAGCAGGUGGUGGACCUGAUCCGAGCAGGCGAGAAGGAAUUGAUCUUGACAGUGUUAUCUGUACCUCCUCACGAGGCAGAUAACCUAGAUCCCAGUGACGACUCGUUGGGACAAUCAUUUUAUGAUUACACAGAAAAGCAAGCAGUGCCCAUAUCGGUCCCCACAUACAAACAUGUGGAGCAGAAUGGUGAAAAGUUUGUGGUAUACAAUGUUUACAUGGCAGGGAGGCAGCUGUGUUCUAAACGGUACCGGGAGUUUGCCAUCCUACACCAAAACCUGAAGCGAGAGUUUGCCAACUUUACAUUUCCCCGACUUCCAGGGAAGUGGCCCUUCUCUUUAUCAGAACAACAAUUAGAUGCCCGACGACGAGGGUUGGAAGAAUAUCUAGAAAAAGUGUGCUCAAUACGAGUCAUUGGUGAGAGUGACAUCAUGCAGGAAUUCCUGUCCGAAUCGGACGAGAACUACAAUGGUGUGUCUGACGUAGAGCUGCGAGUAGCUUUACCAGAUGGAACAACAGUUACAGUCAGGGUUAAAAAGAACAGUACUACAGACCAAGUAUAUCAGGCUAUUGCAGCAAAGGUUGGCAUGGACAGUACAACAGUGAAUUACUUUGCCUUAUUUGAAGUGAUCAAUCAUUCCUUUGUACGUAAGCUGGCACCUAAUGAAUUUCCUCAUAAACUCUAUGUCCAGAAUUACACAUCAGCUGUGCCAGGCACCUGCCUGACCAUUCGAAAGUGGCUUUUUACAACAGAAGAAGAAAUCCUCUUAAAUGACAAUGACCUUGCUGUUACCUACUUCUUUCAUCAGGCUGUCGAUGAUGUGAAAAAAGGCUACAUCAAAGCAGAGGAAAAGUCCUACCAAUUACAGAAGCUAUAUGAACAAAGGAAAAUGGUCAUGUACCUCAACAUGCUGAGAACUUGUGAAGGCUACAAUGAAAUCAUCUUUCCCCACUGUGCCUGUGACUCCAGGAGGAAGGGGCACGUGAUCACAGCCAUCAGCAUCACGCACUUUAAACUUCAUGCUUGCACUGAGGAAGGACAGCUGGAGAACCAGGUAAUAGCAUUUGAAUGGGAUGAGAUGCAGCGAUGGGAUACAGAUGAAGAAGGAAUGGCCUUUUGUUUUGAAUAUGCACGAGGAGAAAAGAAGCCUCGAUGGGUUAAAAUCUUCACACCAUAUUUCAAUUACAUGCACGAAUGCUUCGAGAGGGUGUUCUGUGAGCUCAAGUGGAGAAAAGAGAACAUUUUCCAGAUGGCGCGGUCACAGCAGAGGGAUGUGGCCACCUAGCCUUCCCUUACCCCCUUCUCUUCACCUCCAUCCUCUUACCCCUUCGUCUCCCAUGUCAGACAGAGUAACCAUUAACACAAAGGAAGAGGAAAAGGAAAAGUCAUUAUAUUCAAAGCCCUAAACUAAAUAAUAAUAAUCCUUCUGAAUUUCAUGUCUCUGGAAUUGAGCCGGUAGAAAACCACAGAUUGGUCAGCACCAGGAGCCACCUGAGUUAAGAUAGGAACAGGAAUGAGCCCAACCAACUCGCCGAAGGUCUCUUUGUCCUUUCACUGGGCCUCGCACCAACAGACUCUCCUUGUACUAUAUUUUUAAGACUGGAACUAUGAACUCCAUCCAUUUGCACUGUUCAUACAUAUACAUGUAUGUAUGUAAAAAUUAUAUAUACACAAAUUAGCUGCACGUAUAUACAUAUAUAUAUUUCUUUUUAAAUUUCAUAUUGAUGGCAGUACCUUUUUUAGCUUGUGUUUUUACACACCUUUCACUAGAAUUCAUGACUUCUUUCUUGCUCUCUUUCUUUUGAAACAAACUUUAAAAAGGAAAAAAAAAUUUACAGGGAAAAUACCUCUCCUCGUGAAGGACUCGAAAAGUUUACAACCUGCUUGGGUUCCCCCCUUUUUUGUACGGAGUGAGGAUUCUGGCUCACAUGUGACUGUAGAGUCUGAGGAGCAAGGAGCAUAGUUUCUUUUUCUUCCAAGAAGCUGUUGGGGAGAGUGAGGGGUGUGUUCCUAAAGGGCAGCCAGGCUGCCGUCUGCAGGGGCGUCUGCAGACUUGGUGUGGUCUCUGAAUUCCAAGACAUCUUUCCUGGUCUAUCUCCGACUCUCCCACUCAUGGCUCUCUAGCCACAUUCCACAUCUUCCUGCUUCCCCGGGGCCCUGUAUGCUCUCCCUCCACUGGUCUGGAAUGGAGGGGGCGCUCAGGAGGGUAAUGCCACAGGAACCUGAAACACUUCCUGGUCAUAAUUUCCCUGCUUUUCUGAAGCAGAGGUAGGACUAGGGACCAGAGUUAACGUUGAUACCUUUAGGCACAAAGAUUGGACGUAGGUAGGGGAAAGGAAGGAAGAAAUGCCCUAUGUACAUAAGCUUUUCCCUACUCGAUUUGUGACCAGUAACCACCAUAACUAUGACAUUGACUUCCUUAAACAGCUGACAGCAUCCCCAGGCCUUGGGGAAACUUGGAAGGGGUCAGUGGUCUGUGUGAACCAAACUGCACCCAUCCCAGCCAGCUGAGGACCCAGGAAGGAGCAGUGGGAAUAUGGUUUAAUUAAAAGGAGACCUUUUUGUCCCUUAAAGAUCUCAUCUGACCUUUUGAGAUCUAAGAGCUACACCCCAGGGUUGGGUUCAGGGUUGACUAGAGCAGGGCAACAUUGUCGCCCUCGGGCUCUGUCUUUAGAUGAUUGCACUGGGAGCUCUAAGUCAGGCUCGGGUGCAACGAAAACACGUCUUUGAACCUUCUUUUCCUUUCCUUUCUCCACCUUCUGAACAAAAACCUCCACAGGGGGGCAUCUUUUGCUUUGUCUAACUGGGAGGCAACCAUAGUUGGUUGUAGUCAACUCCACUGAGCAGUGUUGGGGUGCUUUGAAGUUUCUUUUUUUAUAACUUGUUUUUGCAAAUCAUUGUGUAUCCUCUUUCCCUCUGUUAUCCUGGCAGCUGCUUGCCCCAGGGGAGUGUAGGAUCAUACAGGAUAUCCUAUCUUCUCUCCCCUACUCCAUACCCAGGUGGAAUCAGAGCGCAAAGCUUGUGAAUGAAUGCUGAGUGUUGAAAGUUGCAGAGGGUGAUCCCUGAUUUGAAGGCUUGGUCACGGGAUUAGCUUCUUUUGGCUGCAAUGAAUUUAAUAAUGAGCCAAAGGACCUGGAAAGAAGAUCCGUUGGUUUUCACUCCUAGACGCUAAAGAGGCGUUUGAGGCCAGCUUUGUUCAAACUAUAAAAGAUCGUAGCAGUUUGCCCCUGUCCCCUCAUCGUGGGCUAGGAGGCCCUGUGGCAGCCCACGUGCUGACCUCCGCAUGUGAGACGCCGGGGGAUGCCCUCGGGAUGGAAGCCCCUUGGAGUGGACAGGUGCUGCUCUGUCCCCGUUCUGGCAUAUUCACUUGGUGCUUUGGAGAGCGGGUGAAGACCCACAGCUGGCGGCCUGUUGGCAGACUCUGUAGGAACAGCCCCUGCCUGAGGCUGUAGCACUGACAGCGCCCAGCUGCUGCACCGUAGGGGAGGCCCCGGGGACAGCGCCUUCUCUUCGCCCACAGCAGGUGCCUGCAGAGGCCGCGAGCACUGGCCGUGGAGCUCCAGAGGAUCCAGCUCUUCUUUGCAUGAAGCAGUGUUAGUGUGACACUCCUUUCCCCUUGCUCUGCGUUUCCUUUCUCGAAUCCCUGCCCCCUCUCUUGGUCCUGGGUUCUGCCCAGGGAGGCUUCCUUUGCAUUUGUCUCUGGGAAAUGGAAGGGCUCCCUUCCCCCUGCCUUGCCCCAGCGGAGCCAGCAGGAUGUUCCUGGUCUCCUGCCGUCCUCCCCUCCACACUCAGUUUCUAUCUUCUUUGGUAAAAGCUCCGCUUUUUUCCUGAUCGGGAGAAAAUGCAGGCCCUGAGAAGCCUGUCCCCACAGAAAGGUUUCCUGGGGCCAAGCUUGGGGCUCUGCUCUUUAUAUUUAUAUUCUGCUCUCCAUUUCUCUGCCCUCCCCUUGCCCUAGGCCUGAGCUCAGCACAGGUGAGUGCUCAGAGCAACUCAGGCCUGGAGGGAGCUCUCAGGGAGGAAUGAGAUAAACGUUCAGUGUCCCCAUGCCUGGCCCAUCUGGUUUCAUCUUUCAGUUACCAGGCCAGUAGCGUGGGGUCAUCCCCUCUUGUAGCUCCUGACCCAGUGCUUGGAGCAACAGUAAAGGGCAUUGGCAGGGGCUGGACCUCUCCCUCAUCUCAGAAUUUUCCAACUACGGGUCUGGCUCCUAGGAGGCAGUUUUCUUAAAAGGGACUGCAGCCCCCAGACCUGGAGGGACUACUGUGCCCUCCCUUCUCUGCAGGGUGCGCUGGUGGACUGAAGCCGCAGGAGGAACCCUUUGGGCUGUUGGACUCCCAACAUUCACCAGAUUCAUGUGUCACAUCCGCUUCCUUUGGGAGGGAGGAGGAUGUGGUUGAAGUCUGAGAGUGUAGAGGCGAUGGGUGUGCUUUAGCACCUCAUCUUCCAGUCCCACCUCCUACCUUCCUCUUCUCCUGAACCCACGCACAUCAUGCCAGGCCUCACUCACACCAGGACAACAUCAGCUCACCCCUCAGCAAUAAUCUCAGGUGUGUGGGAAGCUUAGGGCUCGGGGGGGAUCGGAGUCGAAGAGGGGAGUGAUACAGGGUGAGGCACGGGCCAGCUGCUAAAGUUGACACCAGUUUUACGUCAUGCUCCCUUUUUAAGCCAGUGAGCUGGGCUUCAGUUUUCCCCAGGCCAUGCACACCUUUAAUUUAUUUGAGAGAAACUCUAAUUGUAUUUUCACUGCAGUAUCUUGUAUUUUUUAUUUGUGAUUUAAGAAAUGUGAAGAGAAAAUACACAGACACAUAAUGGCUAGCAGUGUUUCUUUCAUUCCUGGUUCUAGAGCUAACCACUCUAAAAUUGUUUGGUAAUGUCACUUAGUGUAAUUAAUUGUAACAUAUUCUUUUAAAUAAAUUGAUUUAUUGAUGAAACUA